AAAAUUAAAAAUAAAAAAUAUCUAAAAUGAAAAUAGAUAAGAAGCUGGCUUCAGUAGAAUCACAAACUUCUAUUUAAGAAAAUACUUGCCCGUAUACCUCGCACACACAUAUCCACAUCCAUGCAGACGCACACUGGCCUGCCCUUUUUGCUCAUUGAAUUUGUUUUCCAACUAUUUAUGUUACAAGGAAAGGGAUUUUACCCACACUUAUGCCAAUGCUCAAGGAAAGUCACAUACUCUCAUGACCAUGGUUGUGGGGGCAGUCACAGUUAAAGGUAGAGAGCCUCAAGUACAACGUAAUAUUCAGAAACAUUGAGUUCGAACCUGUGGUCUGAAAUGUAAUUGUGGUACACGAGUGAAUUGUUGCUAGAAGAGCAAUGUGUAACUAUUGCCAUGGAAGAACAUAUUUACAUUCUCAUUCUCACUAGACUCCUUUGAGGUAAGUGGGCAGGAUUAUCUUAGUUGUGUAAAUUAGGAAGCUGAGGCUUUACAAGGUUAGGAUAAAUCCAUCCUGCUUCUCUGACUCCGGUCCCUGUGUUCUUUUCAUUGUGCCAGUUUGACAGAGAUGAUGCGCUAACUUUGCUCCUGACAGUUCCAACUUGGCGCUCUCCCAGGUAGGAAGGAUAAUGCUUUUAUCAAGCAACAGGAAGAACUUAAAUUCCAGGUCUUCCCUUGACUUUAGGCCCAGAGAGCCUUCAGUGAAACCAUAUGUUUUGGUUUAGUGAUUCUCCCUCAUCUUUAAUUCUGAUUAUUAGGUCUUUGGGACAAUUUUUUUUCCACCUUCUGUAUUAUCUGUCGCUUUUAGCCAAUUUCUUUUUUUGAUGUCUCUGCUUUCAGAUUGUUCUGGCUUCUAGCCUUCGUUUCCAUUUCCUUAUUAUAAAAUAAUUAAGGCUUAAUUCAACCAUGCCUGAUUGAUACAGCUAUACGACUACUUCCAAACCUGGGAGACAGGGGAAGUAGGGGAGGAGGAAGGGAGAGAGUGAUGCAUAUUGACUGUCUGCAAUGGGCCUGGCACUGUGUUAGGUAUUUUACAUGAACUAUUCCAUAUAAAUUUUUGUGGAUUGAAAAAAAAGGAUUCUGGAUUCUAUGGAAAGUAGCCUUACAGGGUGAUUUGAUCAUAAAUUUCAAAUUGGGCGGGUCAUGAUGAGUAGUCAUGCUCCAGGCAUAAAACUUUUUUAGUAGCAGGUUCAUCUUUGCCUUAAUCAAGCCCUUUCCAUUGUUUAUGUGCAUCUAGGUUAACAUACCUUUGAGAUAACCACCCUCAAGAGAGCACGUGAUCUCAUUAACUGUUCUGUGAUCCAAUCCCUGCCUGCUUUCGCCUACCACCUUAAUUUCUAAUGCAUAAAAGCAGCUGCAAAACUGUUAUUCUCUGGAGCAUUUUAGAUACAUUAUCAGUUUGGCUCAUAUACCUGUUACAACACUUCUCUACAGGUGUGGAUAUUUUUUUCACAUCAACUCUUUCAGCAGUCUUGGACGGUAGGCAGUAUUGUCUCUACUUUACAGAUGGAAAAAACAGAGGCUCCAAAAUUCAGAGUACUUUAUACAUGUUGAGUGGUAGAAUUGAGAUUCACAUUGAAACCCAACUUCAAAGCUCCUUCUCCCACCAUUCCCCCUUAGGAAAUUUCAGUCCGGGUAGGAACAGGACUAGAAACUUGUGAGAUUCUGGUGCUUCCAUGACAUGGGUAGGAAGGUGAAGGUCCAGGGGAGCCUGCAGAAGUUGAGAGGAGGGGUGGGGUUGCAGGCACUUGUCAGUCGGCCUGACCACUUUGCCUGUGACUCACUUCCUGCCGCUGUCUGUAGUUCUUCACUGCCCUCAAGAGAAUGUCCUGGUCCUUAAAGUAGGAAGGAAAGGGAUGGCAAGGUCAGGUGGUAUGCGUCCGAUAGUCGAUGAGUUACUUACCAAACCAGAACUGGAAUUUCAAACCUCUGACUCAGUUGUCGUAGCGCCAGGUCAGUGCUGAUUCCACUCCUCCAGCUCGGCAGGGCACCCAGCUCUGACUGUUGGAAGCAGCUCACCCACUCCUAAGGGGGCACCUGCCCUUUGCCAUUGGCUGUGCAGAAUGAAGUGGCUAAGUGUCCCCAGAAGUGUCUUUUUGAGAUCUUGCCAGGGAUUUGUUUUCAUUUACCUGGGAUUACAGUUCAUGUUUGGAAUCAGUACAGUGACACACCCUAUUUGACAGAGUGCUGAGUUAAACAGCAGCUGAGUGGAUUUCCUGAUUGGGAAAUCUCCUGGCCAUUUGUCUCUCAGCCAGCCUGGGUCUGGCACUCAUUUAUCAGAGAAGGAGAAACUGUGUGCAUGUGCCCUGGAACGCGUGCCUGUGUGUGUGUGUGUGUGUGUGUGUGUGUGUGUGUUCUCCUGAAAUCUUUUGCAGACUGUCUUCUAUCCUCCUCAGCUGGGCGCUUCUCUGCAGGGGGCAGUGUGUGCUAGAAUAGGUUGGAGGAGAGGCCAGAAUACAAAACUGAUCUCCUUACUUAUGAGGGGAAACACCAAAAGAUUUUCAAUGUGCCAGAAGUGGCCCCUUUAGAAGAAAAAGCUGAGCAGAAUAAGUUGCAAGAGGGAGACUGAUUCUUGAAAAUACAAUGUGAUUGACAACGGUGGGAACAAGGUGUUUGAAAGAAGCCGGGGAGCAGCACUCGCAGGUGUCUUCUGGAGUAUUAACCAGAAUGACUUGAUCCUCGGGAAUUCUCAGCCGCACUCUGCACUCUCUCAAGGGUAGAAGUGGACAGCUGUGUGGCGAUGGGAGAUCAGAAGCACAUGGCACGGAUGCUACUGGAAUGCAGUCUCAGUGACAAGUUGUGUAUUGUCUCGCAGCACCAGUAUGAAAUCAUCAUCAUCCCAGCCCUUCUGGUUGGCACCUUCCUCAUCAUUCUUGGGGUCAUUGUGUGGCUUUUUAUCAGAGGAAAAAGAACUCAACAACAGUCUCCUGGACUCCAAGGCAGUGCCCCUGUGCCCUCUACGAGCCUAAAUGGGCAAGUGGGAGCACAGGGAGGAAGUAUGCUUGUGCCACUUAAGGAGACAUCGGUGGAAAGCCUUCUGAAAACUUCCACGCAGGCCCUGGCUGAGCUGCAGGUGCCCCGGGAGCAGCUCUCUGAAGUUCUGGAGCAGAUCUGCAAUGGUAGUUGUGGGGCCAUCUAUCGAACCAAGAUGCACACUGGGGACCCUGCUAAGUCCAAGAUUAUUGUCCUCAAGGCUUUAAAAGAACCAGCUGCGUUCCACGAGGUACAGGAUUUCUUAGGGCGAAUCCAAUUCCAUCAGUACCUGGGGAAGCAUCAGAACCUGGUACAGCUGGACGGCUGCUGCACAGAACGAGAGCCGCUGUAUAUGGUGUUGGAGGAUGUGGCCCAGGGGGACCUGCUGGGCUUUCUCUGGACCUGUCGCCGGGAUAUAAUGACCAUGAAUGGACUUCUCUAUGACAUCACAGAAAAACAAGUGUAUCACAUUGGGAAGCAGGUCCUGUCGGCCUUGGAAUUUCUUCAGGAUAAACAUCUGUUCCAUGGGGAUGUGGCAGCCCGCAAUAUUCUGAUCCAGUGUGACCUCACUGCUAAGCUCUGUGGACUGGGCCUGGCUUACGAAGUCCACACCCAAGGGGCUAUCUCCUCUGCUCGCACCAUACCUCUCAAGUGGCUCGCCCCGGAACGGCUACUGCUGAGGCCAGCUGGCAUCCAAGGAGACAUAUGGUCCUUUGGGAUCCUGCUUUAUGAAAUGGUGACACUAGGGGCACCACCAUAUCCUGAAGUCCCUCCUGUCAGCAUUCUACAGCAUCUCCAAAGAGGGAAAGUCAUGAAGAGACCCAGUAGUUGCUCACACACCAUGUAUAGUCUUAUGAAGUCCUGCUGGCGCUGGAAAGAGGACAGCCGCCCCUCACUUAAAGAGCUCUGCUCACGCCUAAACACUGCUGCUCGGACUGCCGAUGAUGAAGUUGUGUUGCAAGUCCCAGAGCUGGUGGUUCCUGAACUGUAUGCAAAUGUGGCAGGCAUCAGCGUGGAAAACCUCUCCCACAGCUAUAGCAUCCUUUGAAGAUCCCGGGGCACGAACAUAUAUGUGUGAUCAUAUGCUCUAGGAACCAAUCCCUCUGAGAACAGAGGAUGGACUUUCUAGUGGGACAUAAAGGGAGAAGUGUCACAUGCAGCCUGGGUCUCCCCCUGUACAUUUCCCUAGAUGGGUGAAACGAUGCUGGGUGAGAUGCUGCACACCUCUUACACUUAAAGUUGACAAAGUACAGUUUCCUUUAUGCUGUCCCAGUCCUAAAGUCUCAGGGUAGAAAUGGCGCACAGUGUUGCUACAAAGGAGGUUUUAGAAACCUGCCAUUUUGGAGGGGCAUGGCACAAAUAAGCUGCUCCCUCCCACCACAACCUAGUUCCCUCUUGAAGUAUGUUUUUUUCUAGACCAUUAUAAGGUCCAGGGAAAUUAGAAUCAAAUGAGGAAAUAGCCAAAAAAGGAGUUGAUGAGAAAGAAAAAGGCUCUUUUUGCUCAGGGAUAUAGAUGUGGACCAAGGUCAUCCUUCAAAGACAAGUUGGAGGAAAGACGUGAAGUUCCACGUAAUGGUCCCUUUCUGCAGGGCUGAGGAGAGAGAACCAUGAAGGGAAAUUUCUGAGUUUCCCCCGGGCAUAGGUAAGAGAAAGAUGGUCCCCUUUUACCUAAUGCUGAGGCAGGUGAACCCUGUUGAUACUAUUUUUAACUAGAAGCUAGAGAGGUCAUUGUAUGAUUAAGAACAUUUCAACAUGUAUAUUUUUUUUAUCAGACUAGCUUCCUGGUCCUUAUAAGACUAGGGGGACUGAGCCACAGAGAGGCUGAUGAUUGAUAUAUGGUGUGUGUUUAAUAAAUGGGAAAGGCAGAAACCAAGCAAGAAUGCUUAGUAGGCCAGAAGGUUGACAAGGCCUAGCAAUGGAUACCCUAGAAAGGAUGGUAGUUUUCUAUUUUCAAUCACCCAUUGAUGCACUGUGAAACUUAUUUCAUUAAAUUAAUAUUUAUUGAGUAAAAGUGGGUUUUCAGGUCUACAGCUGCUAAAAUCUCUACAGUAGGGAGGAUAAAAGUAAAUAAA